AUGGAGCCAUCAUCUAAAGCCGAGACCACCCAGGCAGCAUCGCCAUACGUUCGCAGACAUACUAGACAGCACUCCAGGUCCAAUUCGACCAACAGUACACCAUCAAGCUCACAGCAGCAGCAGGCGCAGGUGCCGCAGCAGCAACAGCAGGCCCAGUCGACCCUCCAGCCGCUAUCGUUCUCUGCCCCGCCUGUGCCUCCUCCUCCCCCUCCCCCCUCGCUCACCAACUCCAAGUCGGCCUCAAGCAUUGGCAAUCCAAAUCUAAACUUUGUCAGGCCGCCACCGGUGCAGCAACAGCAACAACAACAACAGCACUACUUCAAGCCUGCACCACAACAGCAGACAUUCAAACCACUUCCGCAACAACAACAGCAGCAACAACAGUACUCAAGGGUCAAUGUUGGAAAGAACAAUAGUGCAGAUGGUUUACUGAGUAGCAAUACGCUGAUCAACCUUUCUUCACCACCUCGCAACCCAAAGAACAAUCACAACAUUGGCAACAACGUCCAUCUCCAACAACAACACCCACACCAACAGCAACAGACCAGCUCAGGACACGACCUCUUUAAUGAAGUGCUAACACCAAUACCCGUCGUACGCAACAUCAGCAACUCGUCGUCAUCGCUAUUCAACAGCGCCGACUUUGACUUUGACUUCUUUGCUGUCGACAGCAGCGGUCGAAACUUCAAGAACGCCAGUGCCGGCAGCAUCAACAACAGCAGCAAUAACAGCGGCGGCAGCAGUGUGAGCAGCAGUGUGAACAGCAGUGCAGGCGUGCCGAGCACCAACAGCAGCAGCAACAGCAUUCCAAACGACAACAUUGGAGGCAGUGGUGGCGCGCCCCGAUACAACCUCAACGGCAGCAAUCAAAGCUUUGUAUCGACGCCGCUGCAACAUUCUCAGUCUCAGCCCUCGCGACAAUACUCGCUGGCGCUCGACCAAUCCACCGACUUGUUGACACCUCCUCCAACACAAGCUGUACAAUCACAUUCAUCGACUUCACCAAAGCAACCUGUAAUACAACAACAACAACAUCAACAUCAACAGCAACAGCAGCAACAAUCACCAACUGUACCAUUGUUGUUACUGCCCAAAUCACCGACAUCCAGAUCGCCAAGACCAGCUUCGGCACCUGUUCCAACAGCCCCUUCGAUUGUUAACAACACAACUGGUGGUGUUGUAGACAACAGGCAGCAACAGACACAACCAUCACAGCAACAUCUACAACCACAACAACAGCUACAGCUGCAACAACAACAACAACUACAUCAACAGCAAUCAGGCUACAGCCAAUUUAAACAGCAACAACAACAACAACAAACAGAUUCAGCCUCUCCGUCUGUAUCCUCACCGGCAACUUCAUCGCCAUCAUUCGCCAGGCCACACUCGCAGUCGCUGUCGGGUCAGUCUGCUUCGCCAAACUUCAAGGGUCGAUCGCCAAUCAAUAUAUCGCCGCCAAUCUCGCCAGCCAAUACAUCACCCGCUGGUGGAUCACCCUCAAAGAGUACGAUCUACGGACAACAACUUCAUCAGCAACAGCAGCAACAACAACAGUCACAGACACAGGCACCGAGUAAGCCACCCAACAGACCACCACCACCUCCUCCAAUCCCAACACCAGCUCAGCCACAACAACAGCAAACGACAACAUCACAGCCACCUGCUGCGCCAGCACCACCCGCGCCCGCACUCCCAGUCUCUUCGUCGGCAAACACAACACCGACGACAACAAAGAAACAGGAUCAGCAAUCAGUCGACUCAUCGUCGUCGUUCCUCGGCAUGGGCUUCAAAUUUAUCAAGAAGAGGUUCACCUCUGGUGCCGUCGACUUCAAGGACGCCAAGUGGGACCCAAGGAAGACCAACUCGAUGGUCGUCAAGGUGGAGGAUCGUCUCAAAGUGUCGUAUCUCUUACAACAAAGUGGUACUAGAGGUAUAUCCCGAGCAUCGAUCCCAUUCUCAAGCUCAUUCACCUACUUUGAACUGUUCAUCACAGGCAAGGAGGGCAAGAUAUGCAUUGGAUUGUCGAGCGCAGAGCAUCCCCAAGACACAUUCCCAGGAUUUGCUCAAGGAUCAUAUGGAUACAAUGGCGAUGGCAAACUAUAUCUUGGCGUCAGCAACGCAUCACAGACUUAUGGACCUGGCUUUGCCAGUGGAGACAUUGUCGGUUGUGGAUGGGAUGCCAACAAGAAUCUGUACUUCACCAAGAAUGGAUCAUACUUGGGCAUUGCCGCCAAGAAGGUCAACCUCUCGGGCUUGUUCCCAACGGUGGGACUGCAAUCCGCUGGCGACUAUGUCAUCAUCAACUUCAUGCCACCGUUCCAGUUCCAUCCCACCGACAAGCAGACCACUCAGACGCCCUUAUCUGAGGACCUCAUCCCCAAGGACGAGCUGGAGAACUGCCGCUGGGACACCACGCGCAGUGGCCGUAUCAUCACAUUCAAGGACCGUGCUGCCACCAUCCCCAGUGAGGUGCCACCCAGCAUUGGUGUCGUUCAGAGCACUCACCCUUUCCAGGAGGGCUUCUGUUACUUUGAGGUGCUGAUCAAGACCCUCGAGAAGGGCCACGUGUCUGUGGGUCUGGCCUCCAAGGAGUACCCUCUCAACCUGCACAUUGGAUGGGUCAAGCGAUCCUAUGGCUAUCACAGCGACGACGGACGUAAAUUCAAGUGGAAGGAGAAGGACGUCACGGCCGUUAUCAACGAGGGCGAGCCAUAUGGUCCGGGCUUCAAGAAGGGCGACGUCAUUGGCUGUGGACUAAUCUUUGACACCAGAGAGAUCUUCUUCACGAGGAACGGAACAUAUCUGGGCACAGCCUUUGCCAAUGUCUACGGAAUACUCUACCCAUCCGUAGCCAUUGAGCCGGGCAGCUCGAUCAUCGCGUCAUUCUCUCCGCCAUUCGUAUUCAGGUCAUCGCAGUUGGCAUUGUUACUGCGAGACAACUCUAUCCUCACUCAGCAUGCGCAGACACAGCCACAACAGCAGUCACAGCAGCAACAGCAUCCACAGAUCGUGUCAAGCACGACGACCACCACGACAACAUCGGCUACACUCAACAACAACUUGAUUGGAGCUGCCUUCACGAACGUCUCAGCACCCUCGUCGCAACCAAACUCGACAACAUCAUCGAAUGGAGAUGUGUCUCAGUUCACAUUCUCCUCUCUCGAGCAAUCAAGCGUCAAUCCUAGCGCGUCCCUGGGAUCGUUCUCGUCGGGCUCCCUGUCCAACUCGUCAUCGUCUUCCAUUCCACCUCCACCAGGCUACUUCAACAACAGCGCACUCACCAGUGCCAACCACCGACAAUGUGUUUCGUUGCCUGCGGCCAACACCACCAACAACAUUUCGUCAACGAUGGCCUCGCUGUCGUUUGGCUCAAUGUCCCCACCUGCAUCGCCAAAGACAUCGCCACGCAAGAUUCUCAGCUCCUCUGAUGACAUCAACUUUGUCCAAAACCAAUACCAGGAUGUCGAUGGCCAACCACCCUCGGCGUGGCGUCGCUGCGGCAAGUCGCUCAAGAUGAAGGACGACAUAUCCAUCACCAUGAUCAAGAAGAAGACCGCCGUUGCCAUUGCCAACCGCCCAUUCCCCUCGUCGUCUCAGACCAUUUGCUACUUUGAGGUGUACAUCGAGGGCUUUGACAAGAAGACCGACAUCACAGUGGGACUCUCACAUGCCACUCAUCCACUGAACAAGCACAUUGGCCGCGAGUCCAAGUCCUACGGAUACAGCAGCAACGGCGAGAAGUUUGGAGGCUUCGAGAUUGGCGAGCCAUACGGCCCACAGUUCACUACUGAUACCAAGGAGCCAACGGUGAUUGGAUGUGGCAUCAACAACACAACGCGCGAGAUCUUCUUUACACGAAACGGUGACUACCUUGGUGUGGCAUUCUGGGGCGUGCCUACGAUUCCCCUGUACCCAGCCAUCUCGUUGCGCCACCUCAUGAUCAGCGGCAUUGCAGUUGCCACAUUCAGUUCGCCAUUCAAGCUCAACUUUGACACACUGCCAGGCAUCUCGCCAUCGAUCUGGACCGAGAGUCUGGGCCCCACGCGUGCCAAGGGCUUCCUCACCUGGCCGCCCAACGAUGUGGCGGUGUGGCUCGAAUCAAUCGGCUAUGGACAGUACCGAAAGAACUUCUGCGACAACACCAUCAGUGGAAGACAUCUGCCGCUGUUCACCAAUCGCAACUUGAAGAACGAGCUUGGCAUAGAGUCAAUGGGACAUCGUGCCGACAUACUGAAUCGCGUCAAGCGAAUGAUAGAUAUAUACAACGAGAAGGGAGGCUCGAUGGAGUCGUUUGGAUCGUCAAAUGAGAAUUUGAUCGACCGCAUCGACUCGGACGAUGACCAGCAACAGCAACAGCAGCAGCAACAGCAACAGCAGCAAUCAUACAACAAGAAGGCGUUAAGAUGGCCAGACGACGACAAUGGGUCACUUGACAAUGGCAACAGCCAACUUAGGUCUCAGAUGCGGCCGACCAAGUCCUACACCAGCCAGGAGAUUGAGGAGCGAAACAAACGAAGCACGAUCAGCGGCAGGAGCAUUGGCUCCAGCACGGAUGAGCUCAGCUUCAUCGACGACAAACAGUCCUCCAAGACCCUGUCUGGCGAACAUCUCAAGUACCUCAUGCGCAACGACCUCUUCCAUGUAAAUAACAACAACAGCAACCCUCCCUUUCACACGUUCUCGCCCAGGACGCAGCAGCAAUACCCCCACCAGCAGCAGGUGGGCCACAGCGUCCAGCAGAACAGGACCAGCAACAACAGUAGCGCCAGUGGCUCGGCCGGUAGCACCAAGGGCCAAGGCAACAACAACAACAACAGCAGCACGCAUCCACCACAGAACACCAAGCAAGCAACACUCUACAACCUGCCACCAAUCGUCACCCAGCCGAACCAGAUCCACGUGUCGGCGCCACACCCCUCUUUCCUCAUGCCACACCAAGUUGACCAACCCACAGCGCCAGCCAACCAGCGCCCGGUCAUCACCAGCACCACCACCAUAUCGAACAACAGGUGGGAUGACUCGUCCUUCACGAAUUGGGAGAGCAGCAAGGGCACCAUCGUGCCGCACCAGCAACAGCAACAACAGCACCAGCAACAACAACGUCGUGAAUACGAGAUCGGCUACAACGAGCUGGAGUUUGGAUCAUUGUUGGGCAAAGGAUUCUUUGGCGAGGUCAAGCGUGGCUACUGGAGAGAAACAGAUGUUGCCAUCAAGAUCAUCUAUCGAGACCAAUUCAAGACCAAGUCAUCGUUCGAGAUGUUCCAAAACGAGGUCUCAAUCCUAAGCAAAUUGAGACAUCCCAAUGUUGUGCAGUUCCUUGGAGCCUGUACCACUGGUAGCGAGGAACACCAUUGUAUAGUUAUCGAAUGGAUGGGAGGUGGAAGCUUGAGGAGAUUCCUGGUCGAUCAUUUUGAGAUCCUGCAACAGAACCCGCACAUGCGUCUCAAGAUCGCGUUGGACAUUGCCAAGGGAAUGACCUAUCUGCAUGGCUGGACCCCGCCCAUCCUUCACAGGGAUCUCUCGUCUGGAAACGUCCUGCUCGACAACCCAGUGGACAUUCGUGGCUCAUACAAGGUCAGCGACUUUAAGUGCAAGAUCUCUGACUUUGGACUGUCUCGUCUAAAGAUGGAGAACAGCGCCAUGAUGACAGCCUCUGUCGGCUGCAUACCCUACAUGGCGCCAGAAGUGUUCAAGGGCGACUGCAACAGUGAGAAGAGUGAUGUCUACUCAUUCGCCAUGAUCCUAUGGGAGUUGUUGACGUCAGAGGAGCCACAACAAGAUAUGAAGCCUCAGAAGAUGGCUCAUCUGGCAGCGCACGAGAACUACCGUCCACCAAUCCCACUGACAGCCGCGCCAAAGUGGAAGGAACUGAUCACAAAGUGCUGGGACUCUGAUCCCGACAAGAGGCCCACGUUCAGACAAGUCAUUGCACACCUCAAGGAGAUGGAAGAUCAAGGAGUGACAUCAUUUGCCCCAGUUGCCGUGACCAACAUCGAUGCAGGAUUCUAUGGAUAA